AAACAAGAUGAAAGAAGACAUGACAGUCUGAGCGUCCAGUUCGAUGUUCAUCAUGAGAGAGCAGGUGGAUGUGAUUCAUGCUGGAGAACAGUACAUGCUGCAGACACCAGUGAAGAUAGAAGUGAAGCAGGAGGAGAUAAAAGAAGAAACCACAGCAGAGGAAUAUCCGAGUGAUGAAGAUGAUGAUGAUUUAAUUUCUUCAGAGUCUCUGGCUUCUGUUUGUAACGCUGGAGAACAGCAGAUGCUGCAGACACCAGUGAAGAUUGAAGUGAAGCAGGAGGAGUUAAAAGAAGAAAUCACAACAGAAGAAGAACAGAGUGAUGAAGAUGAUGAUGAGCAGACACCAGUGAAGAUUGAAGUGAUGCUGGUGGAGAUAAAAGAAGAAAACACAACAGAGGAACAACAGAGCGAUGAAGAUGAUGAUGAUGAUUUAAUUCCUUCAGAGCUGAUUAAAGUGAAAGAGGAAUGUGAAGAACUGAAUGAAGUGGAGGAGAAAAGUCAUGAUUUCACAACUGGAGAAAAAUCUUCGACUUCCUCAAAGACUAAAAAGAUUUUCUCACUAAAAAAGACUCAAAGAGCUGCCAAGAAAUCUUUCACCUGCUCUCAGUGUGGAAAAUGUUUCACACGUAAAAGCCAUUUUAAUAUUCACAUGAGAGUUCAUACUGGAGAGAGACCUUACACGUGCCAUCAGUGUGGAAAGAGUUUCACAUGUGCAGCUAGUCUCACAAAUCAUCUCCGCUGCCAUUCAGGUGAAAGGCCAUUUAAAUGUGAUAAAUGUGAUAAAACAUUUGUUGGAGAAUCAAUCCUAAAACGACAUCUACAAACUCACACAGAAGAGAAGACUUACAAGUGUUCAUUUUGUGGAAAUAUUUUUACAAGUCUGUUCUGUUUAAAAGAGCAUCAGAAAAUACAUAACGGUGUGGGAGCUCAUAUGUGCUUUCAAUGUGGGAAGACCUUUAUUACAGAUAACAACUUGAAACAGCACCAAAGAAUUCAUACUGGAGAAAAACCAUACAAGUGCUCACACUGUGGAACGAAUUUCACUCAGUCACAAACCCUGAAAACACACGAGAGAAUUCAUACUGGAGAGAAACCUUACAAGUGCUCACACUGUGAAAAGAGUUUCAGUGUGUCACAAAACCUGAAAAAACACGAGAGAAUCCAUACUGGAGAGAAACCAUACAAGUGCUCACACUGUGAAAAGAGUUUCACUCAGUCACAAACCCUGAAAACCCACGAGAGAAUUCAUACUGGAGAGAAACCAUUCAAGUGCUCACACUGUGAAAAGAGUUUCAGUGUGUCACAAAACCUGAAAAAACACGAGAGAAUCCAUACUGGAGAGAAACCAUACCACUGCUCUUCAUGUGGGAGGAGUUUCACUGCAGCAAGUUAUGUAUUUACUCAUAUGAAAAGUUGUUGCCCAAAGUAAUCACAGAGAGAAUUCAAUCUUCAGAUCCAAUGCUUCAAGUAAAUUGUUGAAAAUUCAGAUAAUCCCAAAGAUGGAAUUUAUUCCAAAAGAGCAGCAUCUUCUAUGAGGAGUCAUUUGCUAAAGUCACAUUUAGUGGUAAAGUUUGGUCUCGUUAAACAUUAUAUUAAUGACCUGUUUCCACCUGGUAUAAGGGAUGGUAAUACCAGGUGGAAACAUAUAUGCAUCUUGGCUGAACACAUUUCUUUAUGCACUACUAACUUGUUUAUGUGUCUUUGUGUGUGUUAGAUUAGUUUAUUUGUAGCACUUGUAGAAUAGUAAUAAAGUCUUGUCUCUGUAUUCUAAGUGAAGUUGUUCUAUGGUUCAGUGCUCAUGGCUAGGUCAAUAAACUGCCAAGUACCUGGUAAACAGUGUUUAAUCUAUAUUUGAGAUAUUAAUGUCGGUGACCACGAGAGUAAUAUCCCUUAUAAUAACUAAAUAUAUUCACCUCAACUUAUGACUGGCUGAUCGGGUUGAUCAGUCCUAAACAUUAUUUCUUUCAAUAUUCCCCAAAUUAAUAAUUAUUAUAAUUCGUUUUCUGGUUGGCACGGGCUGCAGUUAGUAGUCAUCAUUUAGGGACACAUAGCAGUAGGAGUGGGACAUCGGGGUGAAAUGAAACCAGAUCUGGUGGGCUCUGGUUACCUCGGGAUAUGUUUCACAGACAUGAGACAUUAAAACGGAGAAUAAUAUUAGCAUAGAUGCCAUUUACUACUAAAGCGGGAUUAUAGAAUAUGUGAAGUGUUUCUGGUUCUGGCAGAACUGACUAAUGCAAUAUAACUAUGAGUUAAUGGAUAAAUUAGGUGCAUGCCUGGCUACACUUAAGUAAGUCUACACUUAAACUGAGAGAAUGAGUCCCGAACUAUGCUAGGAAGGCUAUUCCAUAUUUUAAGAGCCAAAAAGGAAAAAUUAUCUACAUCCAACCAUUGUGGAUUUUGAUAUUCAAGUGAAACAUAGAAAAGACUGCUUCUAGAGAUUAGAUAUAUUGAUUUGGUAAAGAUUUGACUCCUGUAAACAAAACGAAAAUGACGUAUAAGUGUAACUGAGAACUUUUUGUUAUUGACUAUAAAUGAAGCUGAUGGAUAUGCUAAACUGUUCGCUUCAGUGGUAAGAAACGUAUCUAAUGUUAGCCUAGUUCAAGGUAUGUUCCAGCUUCAAUACCAGUUAAGCUCAAUCGACAGCAUUUGUGGUAUAAUGUCGAUUACCACAAAAAUGAUUUUUGAUUCGUCCCUCAUUCAAAACAAAACAAAAUUUUUUUUUACAGUAAGGCACUUCAAUUUUUGUAGUGUUUAGAAGCAGAAAUGUGAAGCUUAUAAUUUUAUAAAAGCACUUCUGCUAAAAUGCAUGUAUUAUUUGAGCUGUAAAGUUGUUUAAAUCAUAAUUUGUAGUCAAUUUAGGAUUUUACGUUUUGUUGACCCCCUUCAGUUUGCUUACCGAGCAAACAGGUCUGUGGAUAAUGCUGUCAACAUGGGACUUAUACAAGAAUCCUAUUUGUGGACUUCAGUUCAGCCUUCAAUACCAUCGUGCCUGAUCUACCCUAACCAAACUCUUCGUGUCCACCCCAAUCUGUUGAUGGAUCACCAGCUUUCUGAUAGACAAGCAGCAGCUAGUGAGAGUGGGGAAACUUGCAUUCGGGACCCUCACUAUUAGCACUGGUGCUCCUCAGGGAUGCGUUCUCUCUCCACUGCUCUACUCCCUCUACGUGAAUGACUGCUCCUGCAAAAGACUUCACUGUUAAGCUCCUGAAGUCUGCAGAUGACACCACAGUCAUCAGCCUCAUCCGUAGGGGUGAUGAGUCUGCAUACAGAUGGGAAGUUGAACAGCUGGCUGUCUGGUGAGGUCACAACAACUUUUAGCUGAACACGCUCAAAACCGUGGAGAUGAUGGUGGACUUAAGGAGAAAUCCUCCUUAACUCCCACCCACUCACCAUCCUGAACAGCAGUGGAGUCAUUCAGGUUCCUGCGCUCUACCAUCUCUCAGGACCUGAAGUGGGACACCCACAUAGUGCCACAUUGUGAAGAAGGCUCAGCAGAGGUUGUUCUUCCUUCGCCAGCUGAGGAAGUUCAACCUGUCACAGGAUUUGCUGACAUAGUUCUACUCGGCCACCAUUGAGUCUUGUGUACAUCUACAACUUUAUGGGUUUGUGCAGCCACCAAAUCAGAUGGAUGGAAACUACAACGGACAGUCAGGACUGCUGAGCGGAUUAUUGGUGCCCCCUCAACCCCUCGCCAAGAACUGUACAUCUCCAGAUUGAGGAAACAUGCAGGGAGAAUCACUUUGGACCCCACACACCCUGCCCAAUCCUUCUUUGAACUGUUGGCCUCUGGCCAGCACUAAAGAGCACUGAGCGCCAGGACAUCCAGGAACAACAAUAGUUUUUACCCUCAGGCUAUUUUCGACAUGAACAAUUUAAACUGCCUCCGGACUCCCACAUAGUGCUAUAAUGUAAAUGCAUAUCUCAUGUUUAAUUCAAUAACUGUCCAUACCCCUACCUUGCACAUACAUUACCGCUUGCACAUGUACAUAUGUUCUGUUAUAUGUCCUAGUCUAUUUAUUCUCUUACCUUGUUUUAUAUUCUGUGUCUCACUGUAAUGUUCUGUGUACUUGCUAAUAGGGUUGCAGUGGUAUACCAGUUUCACAGUAUACCACGGUUUUGAAAAUUGACGGUUAUCAUACCAUGUACAUUUGCUUAUCUACAAUAUUGAGAAAAAAAUGUAACUGGACGGAGAAUAUCACAUGCGUGUGCACAUCUCCUUUAUUCCUUGUCUGCCUGUCAGACUUGUCAACUUGCGACACACACAUGCAGACCCACGCAGACGAAGAAAAUGUCAGAGAGAAGGGAGGCGAGGGGGUCUGAAAUUAGUGAGUUUGUGAGUAAAAGCAGUGUUUCUCAACUGGUCUAUUCGGACUGGGUCACGGAUAGCAGGGAAAGAACAAUGCCAUGGUUCUCCCAUGUAUACCACCGGGUAACAUAUGCAUGUCUUUUUUUAGCCGAUAUCUCUGAUGCUUUUGAAGGACAAUUCUGUUAAACGUAUGCCUCAAUUAUUAUUCUCCAUGUGUUUGUGAUUAAAAGAAGAGCUCAAUAAAAAUGUCUUUGUCUGGUAUUUAAAGAUUUGCAGACCAACAUGGCUGCUGCUCAAGCAAAUAUCAAUCAUUACUAUUUUACAUUACUAUUACUAUCUUCUGUGGCUGUAGCUGCGAGAUGGGGAUACACUGGAAAAUAAAUAUUUGGGCAAAAUACUCUAGACUGAUAGUCUAGAUUUACAGUUCGGCCAUCUAGGUUUGAGUUUUCUUUUCAAUAAAUUACUCAGCUUCACGAGGGUGUUCGAACGUGUACCUGAUUGCCAGUUUUGCUGGAUAGAGCAAACUAUAGUUUAUCCCGGCGGCUCGCAGCUUGGCCUUCACUAGACUUCACUAGCCAACCUCUGGACUCGCAUCGGGGAAGAUGUGCACUGGGUUUGAAGAUAUAUUUCCGGGUCUAUUUGGGCUCUUUGGGACCCGUAAAGACGUCUAGUUUUCACCUGAGAUGAAUUGCUGCUAAUAGUGAUUUCUGUGUUCACAGUGAGAGGCAGGGAGAUAAAAGGCUGUCCAAAACCCUAGAGAAGGAAAGAGAGAACUCAGCUGACAAGAUGUGUGUGUGUGUGUGUGUGUGUGUGUGUGUGUGUGUAUUAGCCACUGUCGGCUGUUGUGAAGCUUUACCAUCACGCUUGAGGCAGACGUGUUUGAUUUAUAAAUAAAAGUGACGUACCUGAGUUGGAAUCGCUGUUCCCCACUUCCUCAUUUCAUCAUUUCAUUGAACCUUUACAGUUAUGGUAAUAAUACUAUUCUAUUUGUUUCCAUGGGAUUCAUAUCCCGAGGUUACCAGAGCCGGCCAGUUCCAGCUCCAUUCUGGCUUGGUGUUGGGCUCCACUGCUACUUGUCUCUGAGUGAUGAUGACAAAUUACAGCCGGUGCUAGCCAGACAUCACUUCAGUCUUUUAUGAUGGACUUCAACGGGAUAAACUGAUGAAAACUCCAACUGUAAGACAUCGGAUACUUUAUAUGCCACUGAGUCAAUUUUGGGACUAAGCUGGGAUAUUUGAGUGCAGAGUCAGCCAUGAUACGGCACCCCUGGAGCAGAUAAGGUCAAGUGCAUUGCUCAACGGCCCAACAGUGAUCAUUGUACCAAGCCCACAGUCCUUGGGGUAUUUACCCAUUCUCAUCGCAGAAGGAUCCAUGCUUAUGAGACAAGGUGAAGAUCUUGGAGACAUGGGUUUAGCACUUUAACUGUGUCCUCAAUCAGCCAGCGUCAAUUAACGAUGAAGCCAUUUGCCCGUCUGACCCAGAUAGAAGUGUACAGUGACAUUGACACCCUCCUACAGAGCAUGAAGUCCUGCAGAAAAGCUCUGGAACCUGACACUAUCCCUGCAGAGGUGUACAAUGUAAUUACCAGCUUGAUCCACUCUAUAUGGAAAAAAGGAAAACUCCCCCAGGAGUUCAAGGAUGCCUCUAUUGUACAGUACACAUCUGCAAGUGAAAGGACAACCACCAAGGCUGUGACAACCACAGAGGAGUCUCCCUUAUGUUGAUAACUGGCGAAAUCCUUGCUCGGGUCCUGCUCAACUGGCUGCGAGUUAGAGCAUCUAGAGUAAAGCGUCCUCCCAGAAAGCCAUUGUGGAUUUUGUGCUGGUCAUGAACUGUUAACAUGAUAUUUACUGCACCCCAAUUUCAGGAAAAAUGCCAGGAGCAGCACAGCGACAUGUUCAUCACCUCUCUCGACCUGACCGAGGCGUUUGACACAGUCAGCAGAGAGGGACUGUAGAAGAUCAUGGAGAAGUUUGGCUGCCUGUCCAAGUUAAUAAAUAUCAUCCAAUAGUUCCAUGAUAGGAUGAUGGUCCACGUGCUAGAUGACAAGGAAUCAUCGAAUGCCUUCACAUUUAUAAACAAUGUCAAGCAAGACUACAUUCUUGCCCCCACGCUCUUUAGCAUGAUGUUUUUUAAGAUACUUUCAUCAACUUAACGGCAUCCACCUCAGGUACAGGACUGAUGGGAAACUCUACAAACCAAGGCAUCUACGAGCUGUCUCUAAAAUUAAGAAGACUGUUAUCAGAGACUUUCUCUUCGCUGAUGACUGCGCCCUCAAUACCUACUCAGAAAUAAAGAUGCAGCUGGAUAUGGACCAUUCAAUUUGCCCUGUGACAACUUCAGUCCCACCAUCAACACCACAAAGACUGAAGUCAUGUACAAGCCUGCUCCAGAAAAGCAUCAUCAACAACCACAUUUCAAAGUGAAGUGACAAACAUCUAUCUGGGCAGCAGACUCUC